CUCCUCCGACACCUCUCCUUGCGAUGUCCCCCGCAAUCUCCGCUCCUCCUCCCCCUCAUCCAAACCCUAACCCUAACCCUAACCCUAACCCUAACCUCUCCCUUUCCAUUCCCAACUCUAACCUCCUCCUCCUCCUCCUCCUCCUCCUCCAACCCCACUCUGUUCCCCCAUUCUCUCUGUCGAAGCUCGGGCCAAGCUCUCCAUGGGGUGCACCCGGUCCAAGCUCGAACCGGACGACGAGGACGCCGCGGCGGCCGCGGCCGGGGCCGGGACGAGCNAGCGGGCGCCGCCCCCGGGGCGCCGACGUUUCGGGUCGGAAGGGAGGCUUCGUCGCCGCUGCCGAGCUCCUCCGCCUCCCCGAGGAGCCCGAUGAGGGAGGCGAGGCGGAGUCGCCGGAGACGGAAGGGACGAAGGGGGACGCGGAGGGAGAGGAGAGGAGAGGGUCGGGGUUAGGGCUAGGGUUAGGGUUUGUGGGGCAUCGGAGGAGAGGGGCGGCGGAGGAAGAGGACGAUCUACCUAGAUCCCCGAGCUUCAGGUUUUACUUCAAGACGACGCCGUUAACGGGAUCGGGUAAUGGAGACGACGACGACUCCGCCGAGUCAGAGAACGGGAAAGAUAAACCCGACGGCGCGAAGGGAAAAGAUAACUCUCAUCGACAAGAGGAGUGCGCGAAAACCUUGAAGACAGAUGAGGAAUCAGAGUGCAAGUCGCAAAAGAGAGAGAGAGCAUGGAGGUUUAAAGUCCUCACAAAGAAGAACAGCGACGCGCACAAUAAUAGCUAGUCGAAUCGGCGAAAAACAACGAAGCUACGCAUCAACACUCGAAUUUGUUUACCUUCUUACUUGGAAUUGUGACAAGAAAAGUGUACAAAAAUGGACAUAUUUUCUGCCUGCUUCUUAUCUGUCUUUUUCUUCUUCUUCCUCAGAUUCAGCUGCUUGGGGGUUAAUCUUUUCAUUUUUCUCUUAAAGCAGUGUUUGUAUAUUAUUUAUCAUAACCUCAUAAAAGUUGAGAACUCUUUUCUUUUUUUCACUUAUAUACAUAACAUGCUAGUUCUUAUGGAA